AUGCCUCGAGCUGUCAAAUCCCGUCAAAACACCCUCGAAUCCGUACCCGAGCUACCACCCGCCCUACCGGAGAGAGACACCGAAAACGAGCCUGUCAAAGGUCUAUCUGGUGACCUCCCCACUCUCAACUACCCUCCUCCGCCACCAAUUCCGAUUCAAAAGUCGCAGACUUACAUAGUCUCGCCCACAGUCGAGAAGCCUCCUACCACACGGAAAGUCUCAAGUCCAUUUGCCUGGUUCUCACGAGCUCGAAAAGCUACAUCUCCCUCUAGACCGACCAGUCCACGGAGGAAUACCGCUUCGUCACUGCAGAGCUUGACAACGAAUCCCGACUCGAAUGACGAUGCUUCCCAUCCACCUACUUUGAAAGACCGUUUCCACAUCUUGCGACUGCAGGGCGAAUCAGCCAUAUCGACAGAUGAAAGUCUGGCUCUGCCUCAAGGCCGCCAGGGUCGUGCUGGGAGUCUACAGAGCCCCACCAAAGAGGAUGGACAACUAAGUCCUCCAUUCACUCCUCGAGCAAACUCCUUCUCCGCCAUCUCAUCACCCACCACAAAGCUUCCUCCUGGAACUGUUUCUGGAGACGCUGCUGGACCAUCCGAGGAGCAGGGCGCGGUCAAUUGGGAUCUUUGGCAGUCUGUUGUCUACGAAGGUCCUUCAGCUGUCGCGCGUACAAGUGGAGACGAAUUCAAUCGCGCUAUCGCUAAUGGUAUUCCUCAGCCCAUUCGUGGUGUAGUAUGGCAAGUCAUGGCAGAGAGCAAGAACGAUGAACUGGAGCAGGUUUACCAAGAGUUGGUCGCUAGAGGCACUGACAAAGAGGUUAUCUCCGCAUCUACUGUUCGUCGUACUAGCGGCCACGGUGACGCAGAAGUGAUAGCUUCCUCCGCCUCUUCUGUGCACUCAAAUGUUUCUGCAGCCACCUCUCCUCAGAUCAAUGGCACUGAGUCUUCGACAUCACCAGAGAGGAAGCGCAGAUCAAAGGAUGAGACUGCUGCUCUGCAGAAGCUCGAGAAGACCAUCAGACGCGAUCUCGGUGCCCGGACAGCGUACUCCAAGUACAUUGCGAGCGCAGGUCUUCAGGAUGGUUUGUACGGUAUCUGCAAAGCAUAUGCUUUGUAUGACGAACCUGUUGGCUACGCUCAGGGCAUGAACUUUAUUGCCAUGCCUCUACUAUUCAACAUGCCAGAAGAGGAGGCAUUCACCCUCUUCGUGCGGUUAAUGUCAAAGUACAACCUCCGAUCGCUGUUCACUGCUGAGAUGACCGGCCUUCAUCUACAUCUCUACCUGUUUGAGCGCCUAUUGGAAGACUACGAGCCAGCACUCUACUGCCAUCUCCACAGACGUGGCGUUCCUCCGAACUUAUACGCCACGCAAUGGUUCCUCACUCUGUUCGCCUACCGCUUCCCUCUCCAACUCGUACUCCGCGUGUAUGAUCUCGUGCUCAGCGAAGGUCUAGGCGCCAUCUUGAAGUUCGGCAUCGCACUCAUGCAACGCAACGCCCAAACGCUACUGGGAAUGAAAGACAUGGUCCAACUGUCCACUCACCUCAAAGAACGCCUCUUUGACGUCUACAUCGAUAAGUCGCCUUCCGCAAACUCGAUCCUUGAAUCAGGUUUCUUCGGCUCCACCUCCGGUGCAACAGAUAAGGAAGUCUAUCGCGCUGACGAACUCGUCCGAGAUGCCUGUGCCGUAACCAUCACACCCGAAACACUCGCCGCCUAUACCUCUGAGUUCGAAGAAAAGACCCGUCUAGAGAAAGACAGAGAAAUCGAAUUAGAGUCCCUACGCAACGAAAACGCAAACCUCAGCUCACGAGUCCGCAAACUCGAACUCCGCACUCAGCAAUCCGAUGCCGAGCACGUAGACCUCGCAUCCUCACUAGUCCGCACGAAAGUCGAGAACGACUCCCUCCUCGACGAAAACGAGUCCUUGAAAAUGCAAGUCGAGGAAUUGAGGAAGAUGGUAGAUAAACAGCCCCAAGAAGUCGAAGAGAAGUUGAAGGGUGAAAUGGAUGCGAUCAUGCAGAGAAAUAUAGAAGUGCAGGGGCAGAAUCGAACACUGGAAGAGCAGCAGCAGGAAAUGGAGCAGGAAUUGGUGGGGACGAAGAUGAUGUUUGCGCAGUUGAAUGCGGAACAUGAUGCUCUCAAGCAAAAGAUGAGGGAUGUGCAGAACAUGCUGGCGACCACUGACUCAAAGUGA